UUUAUAAUUGUCCGUACCACAAAAGCUGAUAAAGUUGUUUUCAUCGAGGGCCUCAUUCUCUCUCGCACAUGCAGAUGCACAUGCACAUGCACUUCUGCUUCCUUUUCUUUUUAAUUAUUCGAAGAAAAAAAGAAAGAAAGUAAAGCUACAAAACAAGAAAUAGAAGCCCCCGUUUUAUCUGCUUAAUGUUGUUGUUUAGUUGCUGUGUAGUAUCUCGAUAUUUGUAUCUUCUGACUGACAUUACACAGAUUUUUGCAGAGCUAUAUCAUUUGAUUUCUUUCUUUUUAUUUAUUAAUCCUUGCAAAUCUUAAAUCUUGAACCAUUUAUAACUUUGGCUUGCGUUCCCAUCUCAUCUCUGGAUUUUGUUUUCGUCUCCUGUUCAAGAUAAAUACAUCUGACGGCCAUAUUUUGCGAUGGAGAAGAGGAAAUGGUUGUGGAAGAGGAAGUCUUCUGAGAGGAGUUCUGGUGAAACUGACAGUUCGGGAUCAAUAACUUCACAUUCUGAGAGAUUCUCUGAUGAUCAGCAGGAUCCCUCAAAGGCAUCUAAUACUGACAGUGCUCAAUCACCUGAAGUGACAUCAAAAACUGUAACUAGGGAUGAAGAUGUCAAUGAUAGCAUUAAGAGUUUGACAGAGAAGUUAUCAGCCGCUCAUGUCAAUGUUAGUGCAAAAGAUGACUUAGUAAAGCAGCAUGCGAAAGUUGCUGAAGAAGCUGUUGCAGGCUGGGAAAAGGCUGAAAAUGAAGUAAUGGCUCUCAAGAAACAAAUUGAAGUUGCAAAUCAGAACAAAUCUGCUUUGGAAGAUCGGGUGAGCCACCUUGAUGGGGCCCUUAAAGAUUGUGUUAGGCAGCUGAGACAAGCAAGAGAAGAGCAGGAAGAAAAGCUUCAUGAAGCUGUGGUGCAGAAAAGUCUCGAGUGGGAAUCCAUUAAAUCUGAAUUUGAAAACCAGUUUAUGGAACUCAAGACGAAAGAAGCUGCUGCCAAGUCUGAAUCUCAUGCUCUGAUUGUUGACGAACUCUGCCAGAAGCUUGAAUAUUUGGAGCAAGAGAAUGCUACCCUGAAACUCGAUCUCCUUUCCCAGUCAGAAGAGUUGGAGGCUAGAACAGUUGAAAGGGACUUGAGUACCCAAGCAGCUGAAACAGCCAGCAAACAAUAUCUGGAGAGCAUAAAGAAGGUGGCCAGACUUGAAGCUGAGUGCCGGAGGCUAAAAGCCAUGGCUUGUAAAUCAUCCUCUGUUAAUGAUCGCAGGACUUCUGCUGCAUCCUCAGUUUAUGUUGAGUCUUUCACUGACAGUCAAUCAGACAAUGGGGAGAAACUUAAUGUUGUGGUGCUGGAUGCUCGCAAAGUUAGUUGCUCAGGGCCAUACAAGUCUGAACAAAUUUGCUCAGACUCAUGGGCAUCUGCACUAAUUUCAGAGCUUGAUCAAUUCAAGAAUGAAAAAUCUAUUAAUCGAAAUCUCCCAGCCUCACCCAUCGAAAUUGAUCUCAUGGAUGAUUUUCUUGAAAUGGAACGACUUGCUGCUUUGCCUGAGAAUGAAGUUGGAAUUGAUAAUUCUAGAGCAGAAGAUUCUGCCAAACAAUCAAUUGAUGCUGAAAGCUCGUUGAGAGCUGAGCGGGAAUUCAUUAUAAAACGAAGCGCUGAAUUGGAAGAGAAGUUACAGAAGAUGGAAGAAGAAAAGUUUGUAUUGGAAGAGAAAUUAAGGAAGAUAGAAGGGGAAACGUUUGUAUUGGAAGAGAAGUUAGAAGAGAUUAAAGCAGAGAGGGAUGAAUUGGAGAUGGCUCUAACAGAAAGUCAGGACAAGAAUGAAGCAUCACAACUUCAGCUGAGGGAGGCCCAACAGAAUUUGGUGGAGUUGCAAGAAGAGCUAUCAAUGGCAAAUGAAUCAAAGCAGCAAAUUGAAUAUCGACUUGUUAGCAUGGAAGUGGAGGCUCGGACCAUGUUUGCAAAAGUUAACUCAUUAGAAGGAGAGAUUGAAAAGGAGAGGGUUUUGUCGACGGAAAUUGCAGUCAAGUAUCAGGAACUCGAGGAAAAUCUCUCAAGAAAGAAACAGGAAGAAGAACUCCAGCAAACUGACCUAGAUGUCGCUGCCAAGAAACAUGCUGAAUGCCAGAAAACAAUAGCUUCUCUAGGGAAGCAGCUGAAAUCUCUAGCAACUCUAGAGGACUUCUUUAUAGACACUGCAAGCAUACCGGAGUUCUCUGCUGGAGGAUCAGCAAUUCCGAAGGUAAUGGAGAACCUUGGAAGUGACACUCCAAUGAAACGUUUUCACCUAAAAGAGAUUCCAGUUCUAUGAGAAUUGCCAGUGAGUUCCGGUCCUUCAGU